ACAGACACGCCGCCUACUUUUUUUUUAGAACCGUGGAACGGCUGAUGUGGGCUCCGUUUUUACGGCACCUUUUCGUAGCGGUCCCGUAGAGACCCCGUCCUGUGCACCCCGAUGUUUGGUGCCCCGUGGACGAGAAAUCGACACGCCAUGUCUUCUCCGAGGACCACAGCGCUCGGCGCAGUGCUGAUUCUGGUCGUGCUUCACGUAGCAUCCGCUUUCUACCUCCCCGGCCUUGCCCCCGUCAACUACUGCAAGCCAGGCUCGACAACCAAGCAGUGCCAAACAAAGAUUGACCUUUUUGUGAACAGGCUAGACUCUGAUGAGUCUGUCAUCCCAUACGAGUACCAACACUUCGACUUCUGCACAACCAAUGGGACGACGUCACCAGCAGAGAACCUUGGCCAAGUAGUGUUCGGCGAGAGGAUUCGCCUGUCGCCUUAUGUGAUUGACUUUAUGGUGAACAAGACGUGCGCCAAGCUCUGCACACGUCAGUACGGUCCAAACAUCGUUGGUUCGGCGGCCCGCCUGGACCAGCUGCGCAAGGGCAUGAUGAAACAGUACCGGCACCACUGGAUUGUGGACAACAUGCCGGUCACCUGGUGCUACCUGAUCGACACUGAUAAGCAGUACUGCUCCAUGGGCUUCCCCAUGGGAUGCUUCACCUACCGCAACAGCCAGCCCCGGGGCCUGUGCAGUGUCACGUCCGAGUUCUCCAAGCCGGAGACGUUCUACCUGUUCAACCACGUGGACCUGACCAUCUCGUACCACAAGAGCGAGAAGGAGUCCUGGGGAAGUUCCUUCAUCGAGGAAGGAGGGCGCAUCAUCUCCGUCAAGGUGCAGCCUCGGAGCAUCAAACACAAGAACGCCGAGACGCCGACAUGCGACGCAGGCGAGCACCUGACCCUUGGCCUCAAAGACAACGGCCCUUUGACCAUCACCUACACUUACAGCGUGACCUUCGUGAGGAACGACCACGUGCGCUGGUCGUCCAGAUGGGACUACAUCCUCGAGUCUCUGCCGCAGACCAACAUCCAGUGGUUCAGCAUCAUGAACAGCCUGAUCAUAGUGCUCUUCCUGACCGGCAUGGUGGCCAUGAUCCUGCUCAGGACACUCCACAAGGACAUUGCUCGCUACAACCAGAUGGACUCUGGGGACGAUGCCCAGGAGGAGUUUGGGUGGAAGUUGGUGCACGGCGACGUCUUCCGCACUCCCCGCAGGGGCAUGCUGCUCUCGGUGUUCCUCGGCAGCGGCACGCAGAUCUUCUUCAUGACCUUCAUCACCCUGCUUUUCGCCUGCCUGGGCUUUCUGUCACCAGCCAAUCGUGGGGCUCUCAUGACCUGUGCCAUGGUCCUGUUUGUGUGCCUUGGAACACCAGCUGGAUAUGUCUCAGCUAGGAUCUACAAGUCCUUUGGCGGGGAGCAGUGGAAGCUGAAUGUGCUGCUGACGGCGCUGGUGUGCCCGGGCGUUGUGUUCAGCCUGUUCUUUGCGCUGAACCUGCUGCUUUGGGCCAAAGAGAGCUCGGCCGCCGUGCCCUUCACCACGCUGCUGGCACUGCUGGCCCUGUGGUUUGGCAUCUCGCUCCCGCUCACCUUUGUGGGUGCCUACUUUGGCUUCAAGCGCAGGGUGCUGGAGAACCCCGUGCGGACCAACCAGAUCCCCCGCCAGAUCCCCGAGCAGUCCCUGUACACCCAGGUGGUGCCGGCCAUCUUCAUGGGUGGCAUCCUGCCCUUUGGAUGCAUUUUCAUCCAGCUUUUCUUCAUCCUCAACUCCAUCUGGUCUAGCCAGAUGUACUACAUGUUUGGAUUCCUUUUCCUGGUCUUCAUUAUCCUGAUCAUCACCUGCUCGGAGACCACCAUACUGCUCUGCUACUUCCACCUGUGCUCUGAGGACUACCACUGGUGGUGGCGGUCCUUCCUGACCAGUGGCUGUACGGCGUUCUACCUGUUUGUCUACUGCAUCCACUACUUCACGCGACUCAGCAUCACGGGCGUGGCCUCCACCUUCCUCUAUUUUGGAUACACCCUCAUCAUUGUGUUCCUUUUCUUCCUCCUCACCGGCACUGUGGGCUUCUUCUCCUGCUUCUGGUUCGUGCGCAAGAUCUACAGUGUCGUCAAGGUCGACUGAACAGCGGGACAAGACGUCCACCAUGCGCCGUCAGUGUCAGAUGGUUGUCGUGGCUGGCCGAGCGCUCUUGCAUGGGACGCAGAAAUGAGACAUUGGUUUGUGGCGGCAGCUUGCCGUACGUACGUCCGCCUGUUGUCUCCAGGCAGGUGCAGACGACAACUUCUGUGGGGGUCCCUUCCGGUGUGGCAAUGGCCAAACUGUCUCGCCAAGCCUGUCACGUGGCAGGUGUUGUGCCUGAGGAGUGAACCACCAAAAGAACCCACCCUGGAGGGGGAGAGAGAGAGCCACUGUUGCACUUGUGCCAGCGUGGCGUUCUCGUGUGUAGUCUUGUCCAUUUUUGUUGCUUUGUAGUAGUACUGAGAAGUGUUUUUACUGCAUAUUUUUGUGUGUGUUUCGCGUAGCGUGCAAUGCCCCCCCCCCCUCCCCCAUCCCUGCCUGCCUUUGUUUAUUUCUUUUUUACAAUGUUUGUGUUACAAUUUGUUUCGUUGUGUCCACGCCAUAGUUUUGAGCAGAACGCUAGACAGACCCAGUCUGCGGAGUAAAAAAAAAGUACAUUUGGCGUCGCAUCGUUCAAGCUACGGCGAUAGUCAAAUUCACUGGCCCGAAGAAACCGCUACCUGGCAAUUGUCUUUUGUUGCCAUCUUGUAUGGUUGCCGUUGCACUUUAGUCUGCACAUGUUCCUUCUCACCCUUAGUUAUGCUAAUCACGCCACGAGUGCUCCUUGGCGAUUGUCCACAGGGUGGCUAUUACGAGGAAGACAUGUGUGAUUGUGGUGCAUGUGGUGUGAAUGCAGAUUAAUGCUUACAUGUUCUUGGGGUUUUUUUUUUCUUCUUCUUCUUUUGGGCACAGCAUGGGCUCGCUUACUGCAGUCAAGUUAGUCGAUAACAAAAUUUCAAACACUUAUUGUUAUGAUGAGGUUAUUGGUCUACUCUGCUAGUUAUGCGACUAGAACAGGGCAAGUGCUGUUAGUUCACACUUUAGGUCCGCACGACCAGUUUAAAUGCAGUUCUCAAGCUGUGCAUUGCACACAAAAGUGGGAGAUGCUGGCUGGGUAAGGCAUGUGUUUUAUAGUAAUGCUGUUCAUUUGUUAUUUUCUUCAUACCCGUCAACAGCCGUGUAUUUUAAUGAACUUUGCAAUUGGUGUGUGAAGUCCCUUUACAUUUAAGUUAUCGAGAACACGCCCACCUUGUCAAACAAUCUUGUCGCAUUCUAGUAGGCUGUGGCACUGGUUUUUGAAAGCUCUACAGGCAAUCUAAUUGUGUGCAAAACUAAAAAUUAUUUGUUUUCCCGUAAUGAAAAGCCUGUUGUGCACCAAAGUUGUAAAUGUGAUGUUUUUUUUUUUCUUUGUAUAUUUCAUGCAGUGUUCAAUACCUCUCAGUUGACCUGGCACAAACUUUCUUUUUAUUAUUAUUAUUAUCAUGGUUCACAUAGUUUGCUCGGAAUAUUCCAGCAGAUGGAAGCUGUAGUGUACAGUUGUGUGCCCUGUAAUGCUUGUGAUAAAAUGUGAUGACUUUCCUUUUUUCUAAAGGUUGUCUUGAGCGUGGGCAGUGGUUUAGGGUGUGUGAAACUGGCCCGUUCCAUGGGCACUUUUUUAGGAUAAGUCAUAAAAUGUCCUGGCUGGCAAUCUCCUGCUGCAGUAUCGCUGUAGCAUGCCACGUCAUCAGCUCUAUCACGAGCUCGUCACGUUUCUUACACAGCUCUGUGCCCGGGAUGCCCAUGUGCACUGCUGCUGAAAUUUUUAGCCACCCCAAAACUAACGAAAUCUUCAUUUUGUACUAUAAGGAAUGAGCUCUUGAAAAGUCUUCUUAGGUUGUAAAUCGCCACAGUGCUUUGAAGUUGCGAAAUUGUGCUACGUCGUGCAUGCAGUGCAGUGCGUUCAUUUGUGCAUGAGCAAGUAUAGCAGCAAUGCACUUCUCAUGCAGAAAUGUAACGCCACGAAUCUAGGCAAACUUGUCAGUCAAACUUUGUGUUGUUGUUGUAGACACCAUGUUUGUGUGAAGCACUACAGCUCUACGACUUCGUUUCCUAGAAUUGAUGUUUGGGUAAUGCGAGGAUUCAUUCUUUUUUUGUUUACAUGCCAUUGUGGUCUGUUAUGUUUUGGGCCAGCGUUUGAUCAUAGUCAAGUAAUGCUAUCCUUAGGUGGUGUGUUUUGAAGCAACUGAAGGUUGCCUUUUUUUUUUUGUCUUGUGGGCUUAGCUGUAGCAUGCUUGGAAGCACUACAUACGCUGUGCAAGAUAAGCUACUGAAGAAGCAUGUAUUAAAUUUAUUAUGUUGCUCAA